UUAUAAAUCGAUGUUCACAGCUUCAGUAACCCGAUUAUUGAAUAUCAGUAGACACUUAUCAACAAUGGCCCCAGUAACAAUUCCCAAGCAUUACGACUACCUCGUUAUCGGCGGCGGAUCCGGCGGAGUAGCCUCUGCCAGAAGAGCCGCCUCCUAUGGCAAAAAAGUGUUGUUGGUUGAAGCCAAACCGCACAAAUUGGGUGGCACCUGUGUAAAUGUCGGAUGUGUGCCCAAGAAAGUCAUGUGGUACGCCGCUGACCUCGCCCAUCGCAAGGUGCACUUGAGCAAAUAUGGCUUGUCUCGGUCCUCGGUGGAGGAAAAUGAAGUCAAGCAUGGUGAUUUUGAUUGGAGCUAUUUCAAAACCAAAAGAGACGCUUAUAUCACCCGUUUGAAUGGUAUAUACGCCAGAAACUUGACCAAUGAAGGUGUUGAAUUCCUCUAUGGUUAUGCUCGGUUCACCAACGAUCAGGCGGAUGUCGAGGUGACGUUGACGGAAGACCAGGAAAUUCCAUUUUUGGAAACCGGUGAAAAGCUGUUUUCCAAGGACCAGAAAUUUGUGUUUUCUGCCGACAAGGUGUUGGUGGCAACCGGUGGAGCGCCCAUAGUACCACCCAGCGUUCCAGGAGCCGAGCUCGGUAUCACCUCCGACGGGUUUUUCGAAUUGGACUACCAGCCCAAGUCGGUCGCGGUGGUGGGGGCCGGGUAUAUUGGAGUCGAAUUGGCCGGUGUGUUCAGGAGCUUGGGCUCAGAGACCCAUUUGGUGAUCAGAGGAGAUACAGUGUUGCGUGCGUUUGACGACUCGAUCCAGGAAACCAUCACCGACUACUAUUCAGAUAAAUUGGGAGUUAAUGUCAUCAAGCAAUCUGGUAGUGUUAGUAAGGUGGAGAAACUCGCCAACGGGUUGAAGAAGGUGUACUUGGGUAACGGCCUGACUUUGGAGGUGGAAGAGUUGGUGUGGACGGUGGGUAGAAGAGCAUUGUCAGACAUUGGUUUGGACGUGGUGGGGGUUAAGGCCAAUGACAGAGGUCAAGUCAUUGCCGAUGAGUACCAGCAGACAUCUCACUCGAAGGUGUUUUCCUUGGGGGAUGUUGUAGGUAAGGUAGAAUUGACUCCAGUGGCCAUUGCAGCAGGAAGAAAGUUGUCGAACCGGUUGUUCUCUGGUCAAGAGGUUUUUGCCCAAGAUAAAUUGGACUAUAACAACGUGCCUUCGGUGAUCUUUUCUCACCCGGAAGCCGGAUCGAUUGGAUUGUCUGAGAAGGAAGCCACUGACAAGUACGGAAAGGAUAACAUUAAGGUUUACAAGUCGAAAUUUGUGGCCAUGUACAAUGCGAUGCUUGAAGAUGAUGAGUUGAAGCAGCCAACUUAUUACAAGAUCAUUGUGACCGGAGUUGAUGAAAAGGUCAUUGGACUUCACAUGGUUGGAGAAGCCACGGGCGAGAUUUUGCAAGGGUUUGGAGUGGCAGUGAAGAUGGGUGCUACCAAGGCCGAUUUUGACAACUGUGUGGCCAUUCACCCCACGUCUGCGGAAGAGCUCGUUACCAUGAGAUAGAAUGUUAUCGUGUUUAUUGAUGUGCUUAAAUAUAGUAUACAGUUUUGGUUACCGUUUUGGUUGCUGGUAGUAGUAGUAGUCUAAGAUCUCUUGACUCGCUUGGGAGGAGGCCCUCUUACAGGUGGUUUUGGCUUGUCACUGGGCUUCAUGAAGAACAUGGGGGCAUUCUUCAACAUCUCGGGAACAAUAACCAACCGAAUCAUCGACCCCCGAACAAAUACCUGGCUCAUAUGGGAGGUGGUGCCGGAGCGACCUUUGGUUAUCACCACGUCGUAGAGGGAUAAAUUCAUGUUAUCUUCGUUUUCAAGAAGCUUCCCCCGGUACGUAUCACCCGUCACCAACUCCACCGUGACGAUGUGGCCCUGCGCCUCGGUCAAUAGUCUCACAGGUAUGUCGAUUUUGGGCAUACUGUGAUAU